AUGGAAUCCAAUGAAGUGGGAUUGACUCAAAUUUCCAUGGACUCAAAUACAGAGACGAGCAAGAGUCAAUCGGCACCAUUGUCAGAUACAACGUCUAAUAUCAUGUUUUCUCCAUUGAGUAAUCUCAUAAAAAUAGAAGAAUCUGUUUUUGCUUUUUCAGAUCCAAAUGAGAAAGAGACAGAAGACCAUGAGGCAGUUGGUAGAGAAUCUUUGACAGCACUAGAGGGACAGAUGGUAGCGGGUCAUCCAGAACUUGUUUCUUCAGAUGUACAAAUGAACCUUAACAAAUUGGUGCAUUGUGAUCCUCAAGAUUUGGAAGAUAAUAUUGAAAAGUCACCUAAGAAAAUCAUACAGAGUGUUUUCCAAGAUGAUGCGGAAAUGGUGCCUGGACAUUUCAUUCAACAUUGCCCUACAAAUGGUGAUUCAACUUUUGACAUAAAAAAAGUCAGGCAACCUACUGGUAUUCCUCGAUCUAUGCUGAUGGUAAAUCCACAAGGUUCCUAUGCUCUACUAAAUGGUUCAGUAGCUGUUUUGAAGUCAAAUGAGGCUGCUUUUGAUAAAGAAAUGGAAGGGUUGUCAUCUACACGUUCAGUUGGUGAUCUACCACCUGAGCUCCACUGCCCCUUGUGCAAUAAUGUCAUGAAAAAUGCUGUAUUGACAAGCAAGUGUUGUUUUAAAAGCUUCUGUGACAAAUGUAUUAGGGACUAUAUUAUGUCCAAGUCUGCAUUCGUAUGCCAUGCAACAAAUGUUCUUGCAGAUGAUCUUUUACCAAAUAAUAUGCUUAGAGAUGCCAUCAAGCGCAUAUUGGAGUCUGGCAAUGGCAGUACUGAAAAUGCUGGGAGCACUUACCAAGUUCAAGAUAUGGAGUCUUCUCGUUGUCAACAGCCCACAAUACCUUCUCCUACUUCAUCUGCUACCUCCAAGGGAGAACCAAAGGCUUUACCAGUUAAUGAGGGAAUAACAAAUAUACAGGAAAUAGCUGAUGAAAGAAAGCCUGUCUCUACACAGCAGGAACCAGUAACCAACCCUGUAACGUCUUACCCACCUCCAUCGGGAAGUGCUCCUGUUCCUGUCAUAAACCCUCCUUCAAACACAAAUGCUCUUUCUGUUCAGGGACAGAGUUGGUGUGUGACGAAAGCAGAUGCUCCACAAGCCUCCCUUCAAUCAGCACUGGGUUAUGCUUGUGGAAUGGGUGCUGAUUGUUCUCAGAUACAGCAGGGUGGGAGUUGUUUCAGUCCAGUCACUUUGCAGAGUCAUGUUUCUUUUGCUUUCAAUAGUUACUAUCAAAAGAAUCCAGCUCCAACAAGUUGCGACUUUGGAGGCGCUGCCACCUUAAUUAACACAAAUCCAAAUUCUGGUUCUUGCAUUUUUCCAUCAUCAUCGUCGUCGUCAUCCUCGACGCCAACGAUAUCAUCCCCAACACCACCUACACAAUCAACUCCAACUGCAAUACCACCACCAAGUCCAAUAACAACUGCACCAUCAAUUCAAACAGCUCCAUCAUCAAUUCCAACGGUUCCACCAACAUCUUCAGGAUCGAGAACAGGAACUUUCGGCUAUGGUACUCCGCCUUCAGUGUUAAAUUCAAGCAGCCCAGAUUCAGGUGCAAUGCCAGAUCUUGGAUCCGAUAGCCCUCCAGUUGUGAACACAACAUCUGCCUCACACCCUCGAGCUCUAAAAUCUUCUACUGGCUGCAUAAUUUUGAUGAUUCCAUUCGUCACUGCCAGACACAGCAUGCUGAUAAGCCAAUGA